AUGCUUCAACGAACACGGCCACUAGUCCAAUCUCUUCGUGCAUAUUCGGCAUCUUCGUCAGAACCUAAAACGAAGCUCAAGAUGGCCGUCCGUCGCAGAUUUACGCUAGUCAGAAAGGUAAACUUAUAUUGUAAAAAAAUUAUGCGAAAUGGUAAAGUGGUUCAUUUCAAGUUGGCAUAUUCAGGUAGUGUUGAUGAAGCCGUUGCCAAGUACCAGGGAAAACUUAAGCUUGAGAAAGGUGAUCGUCGAUUACGGUUACCUGACUGGUUAAAAAAAGAAAAGGUUCUUCCGAGUGAGAACGAGAAUGUGUCGCGGCUAAAGAAACAACUGAAGGGUCUCAAGCUAGCCACCGUUUGUGAAGAGGCGAGGUGUCCGAACUUGGGAGAGUGCUGGGGAGGCUCUAAGGAUUCUAUAUCAACUGCAACGAUCCUUUUGAUGGGUGACACAUGCACCCGAGGUUGCAGGUUCUGUUCGGUAAAAACAGCCCGGAAGCCACCACCACUGGAUCCGAUGGAGCCGGAAAACACAGCGCUGGCUGUAAAAUCGUGGGACGUCGACUACAUCGUUGUCACUUCCGUUGAUCGAGACGACGUAGAAGAUGGCGGUGCUAGCCAUCUCUGCAAAACCGUUCAACUUAUGAAGAAAGAAAGGCCAGAGCUGCUGAUCGAAUGCCUAUUGCCCGAUUUUGCUGGUCGCACAGAGAGUAUCGACAUGUUGGCUUUAAGUGGCCUUGAUGUCUAUGCUCAUAAUGUGGAGACCGUUGAACGACUGACUCCUUGGGUUCGAGACCCACGGGGCAGAAAAUCUGCAGCCCUGAAACGUGCAAAAUCUACUAAUCCCAAGCUCAUAACGAAGACAUCAAUAAUGCUUGGUCUUGGUGAGCAGGAUGAUGAGGUAAGGCAGUGUUUAGCUGAUCUAAGAAGCCAUGAUGUGGACGUGGUCACAUUUGAUGAAUGGGGACGAAUAGCCCGUGAGAUGGGAUUCCUGUACGUCGCGUCUGGUCCAUUGGUACGAUCAUCAUACAAAGCGGGUGAAUACUACUUAAAGAAUGUGCUACGAAAGAGAAGCGAACCUGAAAAACUCCGAGAAGAGGCGUAG